AUGUCCAGCUCCUUGGUUUCCAUCAUAGAAGGUGAGUCUCUUGUUGCUAGGCGUGCUCUCAAUACGCAAAUUAAGAUAGACGAUAUGGAGCAACAGAGAGAGAACAUAUUUCAUACUAGAUGUUAUGUAAACAACAAGGAGUUUGAGGAUGUAUUUCUGGAGGAGAUUUCGAGUGGGUUACCACCCAUUAGAGGCAUUGAGCAUCAAAUUGUUUUUAUACCUGGAGCCGUUAUUCCAAAUCGACCAGCCUAUAGGAGUAAUCCGGAGGAGACCAAGGAGCUUCAAAGGCAAGUUGAAGAUUUGUUAAGUAAGGGGUACGUGAGGGAGAGCAUGAGCCCAUAUGCAGUAUCAGUGCUACUAGUGCCAAAGAAGGAUGGGACUUGGAGGAUGUGUGUUGAUUGCAAAGCGGUCAACAAUAUUACGGUAAAGUACCAUCAUGCCAUUCCUAGAUUAGAUGAUAUGCUUGAUAAAUUUGCAAAAGGUAUUGAGGUGGAUGAAGAGAAAGUCAAGGCUAUCAAGGAGUGGCCAAUGCCUAAAGGCAUCACUAAGGAUAGGCAGCCCAUAGCCUUCUUCAGUGAGAAGCUAAGUGGGGCAGCCCUGAAUUACCCCACUUAUGACAAAGAACUUAAUGCUUUUGUUCGCGCUCUAGAGAUGUGGCAGCACUACCUUUGGCCUAAGGAAUUUGUGAUCCACACCGAUCAUGAAUCAUUAAAGCAUCUCAUGAGUCAAGGUAAGGAGAACAUUGAUGCUGAUUCUUUAUCACAGAGGUAUAUACUUCUUACUUCUCUGAGUGCUAAAAUACUUGGGUUUGAAUAUGUGAAAGACGUGUAUGCCAAUGACGCUGAUUUUUCUAAUGUGUAUAUAGCGUGUGAUAAAACGGCAUUUGAUUUGAUGCCUUUACCUAUUGAUGAAAGGAGUAGUUUGGAUGGACACAGGAAGGCCGAAUUGGUGAAGUUAAUUCAUGAGAGGUUACGGCUUCAAAUUGCACAGAAGAAUGAAAAGUGA